CGGCUCAAGGCCACAUAAAGUAUAAAGAGGCGAUUCAUUAUUUAACUGCUCUUGACGCGUAACUCGUGUCACCUUUUUGUCUUCAGCCACAAGGAAAAACACAUUUCUCUUUAAUGGCUCCAGUGAAACUGAUUUAUUUUGACAUGACUGCUCUGGGUGAACCCAUCAGGUACUUCCUCCACUACAGCGGCACCGAGUUUGAGGACGAGCGCCUCACCAGCGAACAGUUCGAGCCGAGAAGGCCAACAUUCCCACUUGGAAAAUUGCCCGUGCUCGAGUUGGACGGAAAGACGGUGCACCAAUCAGUCGCCAUCAGCCGCUACCUUGCAAAGAAAGCCGGACUAACAGGAAAGGACGACUGGGAAUCCUUCCUGUGUGACAUUGCUGUUGACUCCAUUCAAGACCUGAAAGCUACUUUGGUCUCGUUCCAUUAUGACAACCACGAGGAAUCCAAAAAGACCAAAAAGGAACUGGCUCUGAGCACCACAAUUCCUUACUACCUCGGAAAGUUUGAGGAGAUUCUCAAGGAGAACGGAGGCCACUUUGUCAACGGACAGCUCACCUGGGCUGACUUCUGGUUUGUUGGAUUGGUCGACUUCCUGAACCACAUGGCUUGCAAGGACAUCCUGGCCGACAGCCCUGGGCUCAAGGCCUUGAAGACCAAGGUAGAGGAACUGCCUGCCAUCAAGAAGUACCGUGCAAACCGCCCAGCGGUUCGCUGCUAAAUCUAACCAAACCACAAGGGAAGGUGCUACACCUUGAACCACAUCAAGAACAAAUUAUUAUUAAAUCUCGCUAUUUUUUGUCUAUCAAAUAGAAUCUGCUCCAAUAAAGGAAAUAUGGGAAAUAUA